UUUAGAAUCGGCGGGAUGUUUACUCCAAAAUACCAGGUUUGCGGGAGGUAUCGACUACUAAAAAUAACUUGCAAAGAUAAAGCAUUAAAUCUGUUUUCGAAUAUUUGCUUUUGUUUUUAAGAGCAGUGCAAAAUCUUGCGUGCGGUACACAAUGAUAAAGGAAGAUGCUUUGAAUUACUACCACAGAAUAAAGACCCUUUUCUGUUCUGCUUAGCAACCAGUGAGAAAUCCCAACAAACAAUUCGUGCUAUUACGUCAAGCCAUUCAGCUCCUUCACAAUUCCAGUUUCGCUCCAGUGUUUCGCUCCUGCAACAAAAUCAAGGCGCAUAUUUGCGGAGGCAUAUUUUUACGUAAUCACAGCUUUUCAUUUUAAAGAUUCUUCCUCACGAUGACGUAUGACAACCCACUUGCUUUCAGGCCUAAUUAAUCGCGUACCCCUAGAAAAGAGACUCUCCACAGCACUGAAUCUCAAUUUAGCUACACAUUCGGAUGAGAAGGUUGCUUGCUUUCUUGACUGAAGUCAGGCAAACCAGGAAGAAUAAAGUACUUAACGAAGAAUUACUGAACUUCAUGAUGGGUGUUAUUGAUCUCGUCGACGAAUUUCACGACAGUUUCAUGAUGAUUUUUAUAAUCCUUGCUGUUGCGGCAUUUUUCUGCUGGCUGUUCGUGAGACCAUUCUUAACAUUUAAGAAAUAUGGAAUUCCUCACCCAAAUUUCAGCUAUUUCACUGGAAAUUUAUUUGAUGUUGAAAGAGAGGGCAGUAAUAUGGAGUUUGCUAUGACAAACAUGAAAAAACUGGGUAACAUAUUUGGAUUAUACUGGGGAAGGCUCCCGGUGGUUAUUGUUGCUGAUCCUAAAGUACUUGAAGUCGUUUUUGUAAAGGAAUUCGCAAAUUUCCAUGAUAGAGAUUAUUCCCAUGGCAAUCACAAAUGGCCAAUGCAUUUGAAUUUGUUAACCGGAAAAUACAAACAUUGGAAGAGAAUUCGCCCCACGAUCAGCCCGACGUUUUCAGCAAGCAAAAUCAAGCAGACAAUUCCGCUUGUGAUGCAGUCAGUCAAAACCAUGGCAGAAGUUUUGAAGAAGCAGGCCAAAACUGAAGAUAUUAUUGACAUUAACAAGAUCUUUGAGCGGAUGGCAAUGGAAGUGAUUCUAUCAGUUGCUUUCGGGUUGAAGACCGAAUUCCAGUUAAAAGGAGACAAGAAGAUUUCAAAAGCUGCAGAUAAAUUCUUUCAGCGUGGGUUGGGUGGUAUAUUUAUCGAUAUGUUGCCAAUGCCCAUUUGUAUCAAAGAUUUCUUCAAAAAGUGCUUUACUGCCCCGGACCCGUCGUACUUGAUCAGACUUAUAAAGCCGGUGAUAGAAGAAAGGAAGAUGAGUCCAUCCACGAGAAAGGACUUCUUGCAGUUGCUGCUAACUGAAAGCAAGGUUGAUGGUCAGCUGAAAUUGAGUGAUGCGGAUAUUUACGCCUCCGCAAUUUCAUUCUUACUGGCUGGGUAUGAGACCACAAGCAACGCACUGGCCUACACGACCUACCUACUUGCACUUCAUCCUGAAAUUCAAGAACGGCUGUACAAUGAAGUGAAAGAAUGCGACAUGAACUCAGAGGAUGCCGAUAUUUACAAUGAGAUCCAAAGAUUCAGCUAUCUCGACUGCGUUUUCAACGAAUCUCUUCGCUUGUACCCACCAGGAUGGGAGACAUUGCGAAAGACCGGAAAGGACUGCGUGUUUGGAGGAAUUACGAUACCAGCUGGAACAAUGCUUAUCAUUCCAAUUUUAGCGAUACAUCGAUCGGAACAGUUCUGGAAAGAUCCUUAUGCCUUCGACCCGGAAAGGUUCAGCCAAGAGAGGAAAGGUGAUAUCAUUCCAUACACUUUCAUGCCAUUCGGCCACGGGCCUCGCAAUUGUGUUGGAAUGCGAUUUGCUCUGACCGAGGCUAAGCUCACUCUUAUCACCCUACUGAAGAAAUUUCGUUUUGUGAAGACCAAAGAAACAGAGCCACACCCACUCAAAUUGAACUUUGGAGUCACAAUUAGCCCAGCCAAUGGAAUCAAAGUUGGCGUGGUGGAGAGGUAAUGCGUCUCAUAGAGGUCAAUCCAUCAGUGGAACUUGUUAAAUUUUCAUAUGUUAUUCAUUUAUUUUGAUAAUCAAGUCUAUUCUUAUGCAUCAAUAUUUCCUAGUCUUUGAUAAUCUCAAUUUUGGUAGUCAUUUAAUUCCCUACAAUGCCUGCCAAAAGUACUUGGAACACCCACCAAUUUACGCUGCAUUUGAUAUCUUUCAUUCCUUUCAUGAAAAAAAAUUGCUACUUCCGCCCCCUUCCCCCUCAAACAAUGUUGAUGAUUUAGAGAAAUACCAUAAAAGAAGCGCAAAAGAAAGUGCUUCCUAAAAUCCUACCCCGUUUGAUAGUAAACCAACAUUGUUCCGUGGGGGAGAGGGGGAUGAUUGGUUUUGACCUUGGAAAUUGAUGUCAGAGUUCCAAGACUUUUGGCAGGCAUUGUAGCUCUAUUAUUGAAUGAAUCAAAAAAAAUUUGACAAUGUCAUCAUAAAGUAUUUUUACAAUUCAUGUGUUUAAUGAAAAUGCCGCUAAUUGAGGAACCGUGAAAAAACAUUUGUAUCAAUAAAAAAAAGUUUUGCCAACUGUUUGCAAGAUGAAACAUUUCUCUUCGAAGAUAAAUAGGUAGUAACAAAAACACAUUUCAAAUGAAAAUUGGUAAUUUUUUUAUUUCAAUUCUCCUUAGUAAGUUGGUUCAUAGAAAACUUAUUCUAUGGUUCAUCUCACUUUACUUUUUUCGUGGUUGUUUUAAAGUAACUUAAACAUGUAUAAUCGGAACAUCAAAAUACUAUUGUGUUUUUUCUAUUCCUAGCGAUCAUUAUAUAAGUAUCAAAAAAAGAAAUUUCUUGUGUAAUUAAAUCGUUUAGAAUCAAUAUAUAAUCAAGGUUUUGGUAUGAAUUGUAAAUAUGAACAUUGUAUUUGAGUUCAAUUCUAAGUUUUGCCUCUUCUUUGCUUGAUCCUAAUUGUCAUAUGCCUCGGAAAUAAAACAAGUUUCGUGAUAAAAAACAUCAGAAUUUGCCACAAUCACCGCAGAAUGCAAGUUUAUAUAUGUUCAUCUUUAAUGAAGAGUCUUCUAUUAUGUAUUUAAGUGAGGCUAUUGAUCUCACAGGAAAAUGAUGUAGAUAUUGAUGUUCAAAAACAUUACAAAUAACAGAAGAUUGGUUUUACUGUACGCUUUCUUAAAGGCAGUCUGUUCCCUUCGUGAUUGGCUAAUUCUAAUUUGAGCGCCUCGCCCUAAGAGGGUCUUCCUCUCUUUUAAGCAUCCGGCAUUAGUUAUUGAGGGUCAACAUGGCAAAAAGUGCCUUAUCUUUAUAUGAUGGAAAUUGACUUCAACGUUUGACAGUCACCAAAAUAAAAAUUCACAGCAACUCGCUCAGGGUUAGUACACUAUGGUGAUUCUUCAUUCUGAUUGGUUAUUUGUGAUCAAACCAAAGAUGCAUGGAUAUCGUUGCCUUGAAAAGAGAUUCUGAGAACAAUGGGGGACAGACUGCCAUUUAAAAUAUGAGCAGCCACAUCAUGUUUCAUUUUGAAUGAUCGUUUGCAAGGGAAGACACUUUAUCAAAAAUGUUUGACAAAAUCGGGCAAUCUUAUGUGCUUGAUGAUAAAACCUGUCCCUUAAUCCUUGAAAUUUGAUAACAAAAUUCAGAGAAGUGGAGGAUAUGACCUUGAAAAGCAGGAUAUGAUCUUGAAAACUGUGUUGGGGGCCCGAAACAAUGAUAGCUUUAUUAGGCGCAAUAUUCCUUUUCUUCUACUGUAAAAAGUAAUAAUUCCUACUAUACUCUAGCUGCUAGUAGAAAUAAGAAAGAUAAAUUUAUUACGUAAAUGCUUAUGUAUAAUAUUAUGGUGUAAGGAAAGUGGUAAAAUACUCCAACAAAAGUUUAUGUUUUGAUUCACGACACACUCACGGGCCGGACAAAAUAUCCAACGUAAACAUAGGGUAGCUGCUCUGCCCCCGGACCCCCUUUUUCAUUUGCUCUUGGUAUCAUGAUAUCCCACUAAAGAAGCUAGAAAAUAAGGAAUAAGUGGACUAGAGCUUGAUUGGUUUAUAUUCUACUUACCUGAGUGAAAGCAGCUCUGCAAGUUAAAUCCCACCUCCGCUAGUGUUAACGAUACAAAUUGUGGUGUCACUCAGGACUCUCGUCAUGGCCCACUGCUGUUCCUUAUGACAUAAAUGAUCUAUCAUUCUGAUAUCCCACACUAAGGAUCUGGGAGUUCAAAUCGACGACAAACUCUGAUGGGAUCACCAUGUUGAAGAGGUCAAAGCUAAAGCACAACGAGCUCUCGGUCUUAUCAAGCAGCCAAAAAUUUCUUCCAUCAGGUAAUCUCCAGAAAUUGUAUAGAGAAAUUGUUCAGCUACAUUUCAGUUACGCUGCUCGGUUUUGGGAUUUUGUAGUAAAACCAUACAUAAUUCUCCCCAACAGAUCCAAAAUAGAGCUACAAGAAUAACUACAAAUAGUCCUUACGAAGUUUCUGCUGUCUCUCUGCUCCAAAAUCUUGGCUGUCUAUCAAUUAGAGAUCUUAUCAAAAA